AUGCAAGCAUCAAAAAAUUCUUUGACAUCGCCUUCUUCCACUCGACAGUCGCCACUAUUUGCUACAGUUGCCAAAGAAGGACCAGAAGAUAGACGAAAACAAGCGCGGUUACAAAAUGAUCCUCUCUUAUCUCUCAAUCUAAAUUUGGACGCCAUGGCACAAAAUGCUGCUGCACCGGUUGCCGAACAAAUGCUCCAACGAAUUAGUGCACUCCACGAAGAGGGUUAUUACGAAGUCUCUCCGGACAUUGUGUCUUACAACUCGGUCCUCAAGGCCUGGAAGGAAGGCAAUAAUCCCGAAAAGGCCCUGGAUUACCUGCAACAAAUGCUCGUACAGGGACAAGCCAAGGUCGAUGUCAUUUCUUUCAAUACCGUAAUCUUGACCUUUGCCAAACAAGGCAAUCAUGGCGUGGCUCGGAGCAUGAUUCAACAAAUGAAAGACCGAGAUGAUUUGCCUGAUCCCGAUAUAUUGACGUACAAUGCCUUGUUAUAUGCUCUGGCGCAAUCCAAAGACUCGGGAACCACCGAAGAAGCCGAAGAAUUGCUCUACGACCUGGUCGAUGGAAAACACGAUCCAAUCCAAGCCGACAUUGCCAGUUUCAAUACCGUCAUCCAUGCUUGGUCACAGGUCGCCAGUAAAUACAAUCCAUCGGCCGCCGACAGUGCCCAACUCUUGUUGAACCGCAUGGAACAAUUGACAGAAGACAGACCCAGUCUCAAACCAGAUGUUUACACCUACACAACCGUCAUUCAAGCCUGGGCUCGCUGCGAACAAUCCAUCAAGGCAGAAAAGUUGCUCAAUACCAUGUGCUUCAAAGGUUUGAUUCCAAACCGAUAUACUUACACUGCCGUCAUGUCCGCGUUGGCUAAAACAGGCAUGCCCGAAAAGGCGCAAGGCGUGUUGGAUACAAUGAUGCAGCUCUACCAAAAGGGCAAUGAAGCGCUCAAGCCCGAUACUGUGAGCUUUAGUUGUGUCAUGGACGGCUGGGCCCGUAUUAGUCAUGUGGAUAAGCCGUACGCAGCAGAUCGGGCAUUGGACUUGCUAGAGAAAAUGAAAUUGCUCGAAAGUGAAGGCAUGGGACCCAAUUCGAGGACCUAUACCUCCGUCUUGUCAGCGGUUGCCAAAUCGGGGACAUGGGAGGCCUGUGAAACAGCGCGCUCCAUACUCCAAGAUAUGGAGUACGAGGCCAAUGACAAUGGUCUCAAGAAACUUCAGCCAUCCACCAUUCAUUACAAUGCGGUAUUGCACGCCUACGCAAGAAGUCCAAGAGCCGACAAGGCAUUGAAAGCUGCUUCCUUUCUAAAGUACAUGGCGCUUCCUCAAAAUAAACACUGCCGACCAGAUUCUAUUUCGUACAAUUCGGUGCUCAUGGCGUGUGCCAAUGCUUUUGGCAAUGAGGAGUUGAAAGGACGGUCGUACACGAUUGCCAGGGAAAUGUUUCGAAAAACGGUUCACGGAGAAGAUCAUGUGCGACCGUCUUCUACCACCUUUGUGCACUUUUGUAAGGCCUCCCGCCGAUUGAUAUUGGACAAACAGACUCGACUGGCUGCGUUGAAAAAGGCAAUGCGGCUUUGCUGCAAUUUUGGAAUGCUUAACAAGAUAGUAGUCCUGCAAGCGCAACUUGCUUGCAAGAACGAAGCAGAAUGGAAUGAGAUUUCGGGUCAGGUGAGCGAUUAUGUGGGGUGGAAAGGCAAAUUCAAACCUAGAGACGUUCCACAAAAGUGGACGAGCCAGGCUGGGCGAUAG